AUGGGCAUUUUCGCAUGUGUAGAAAAAUCGAUCCGUCUCCUUCUUUUCACUCGGUCGCUCCAGAUUCGGGCAAUGGAGCAAGAUCAAGAACAGAAGCAGCACAUCUGCAAGCUCUGCAACAAGAGCUUCUCCAAUGGCAAAGUCUUGGGCGGCCAUAUGCGCUGCCAUCGCACCCAAAAUCAAAACCCCUCCAAAAAACGCAAAAAGAAUCCCAUCGAUUCCUACAGCCUCAGAGAAAACCCCAAAAAGUCUUGGAAAUUCUCAGCUCCAAGCCCCGAAAAUGGCGAAUCCGCCGCCCCUCCGCCGCAAGAAGAAAAAAACGUCUGCAAAAUCUGCGGCAAAGGGUUCGAUUCCUCCAAGGCCCUAUUCGGCCACAUGCGCCACCAUUCCGGCCGACGGAAGGACCCGAUCCGCCGCUGUAAAUUCCUCACUUCUCCCCAAUCCGCGGCGCCCGGCGACGGCGGCGGCGAAACUUUGGGGCUUCUGCGGCGGAAGCGAUCCAGAAGGUCGCGGUGUAAGUAUGAUUCCAACCCUUCAGAAGUUGAAGAGUUAGCUCUGUGUCUGCUGAUGCUUUCUAGAGGGGAGGGAAAUUGGGGGGAACAUGAAUUUAACGAAUCAAUGUACAAAUCCCAUUUGGAUGAUUCUUUGAGCAAGAAGAUGAAUAGAGGAGAAAACGAUUUAGAUUUGGAUUUAGGUUCAGAUUCAGAAAUUGGGAGAUGUUGUGAAAUGGUGGAGAUGCCAAAGCUUGAGGAUGAAGAACAACAACAACAACAACAACAACAAGAAGGAUUUGAAAUUGGGUUUUGUGAGGAAUCUGAAGAAGUGGGAGAAAAUGGGGUGAAAUGUUUGAAGAAAAGUGAGAUUGAUCAUCAGUGUGGAGUGUGUUUGAAGGUGUUUGGAUCAGGGCAGGCAUUGGGGGGCCACAAGAGAGCUCAUAUUUUGAAGCCUCAUUUGAUAAUGGAGCUUCAAGAACAAGAACAAGAUGAAGAAGAAGAUGAUGAUGAUGAAUUCAAGCCAUGGUGGAAUGUAGAUGGUGAUAAUGGGCAGCAGCAGCUUGAGGUGGGCUUGGAUUGUUCCAACUGACUGAAAAUUCUUGGGUCGGUUCGGUUUUCGAGCGGAAAGAAACGACCUAAUCGGUUUGGUUUUUGUCGAUGGCUGCUGCCUACUUUUGUUGAUGUUGUUCAUAGUUCCU